AUGAAUGAUGAUUUUGAGAAUGCCUUACAUCCAAUUGGAGUGAAAGCUAAAUUUCCAAGUUCUCUUAAGGCUUUUCAAAUCAAAGGAUAUGUCAAAAAGGCCAAUACUGUUACUUUUAGCUUUAAGAGUGAGUUAGCAAAUGUUGAGGAGGAUGUACCUUCUGAAUCACGAAAGGAUGUUCACAACUUCCUUUAUUGGAGGUGGCUCCUUGCGACUCUAAUGAAAAUAAAAGUAGCAAUAGAGAAACAAAGAAACGUUCUGAAUUGGAAGCCUAGGAGGCCUGACCUGUUCGAUGAUUCAUUUAGUCAUGAACAGAUAAUUGAUAAUAUUUACAUGCAGAGAAACUCUAUCAAAAUAUAUGAGAUUGAUGCUACUGGAAAAGCAUCCCUUGAGACAAUAAUGAACCUUUUACAGGAAACAAAUGUCAACCAUUUCAAAUUUCUUGGGUUUUUGGAUGAUUAUGUUCGUUCAUACCCAAAGAUACGUGGCGGAAAUCUUAUAUUUGUCAUACUAAAAAUGCAUGUUCAAGUGGAACAUUAUCCUUCAUGGGGUGAUGCUCUUGAAGUUAAUACAUGGUUAAGACAUCAUAACAAAUUGAGUAUGGCUCGUGAUUGGCAUCUACGCAAUCACAAAACAGGUCAAAGUAUGAUUCGAGCUACGAGUAUUUGGGCACUGAUGGAUAAAACAACACGUAAACUUUCAAAGAUACCUAAUGAAAAAAAAGUAGAAAUAGAGCCCCACUGUAAUGAUACUACUUUUAUUUUGAAUGAGGACAAUAGAAAGUUCCCUAAAGUUAAUGUUGAGACUGCAGAUUACAUCAUAGAUGGCUUAACUCCUGAUUGGGCCGAUUUAGAUGUUAAUAGGCAUGUGAGCAAUGUCAAGUACAUUCAGUGGAUUUUUAAGGGCAUUCCAAUCUCUAUCUGGGAGACUCAUGCGAUGUCCAGCAUGGUCCUUAAGUUUAGGAAGGAGUGUAAGAUGGGCGAUGUAUUGCAAUCCCUCACUGCUGUCUCCUAUGUAAGCUCCAAUUCCUCAUCUGAAUUUAAGAUUGAGUGUAGGCAUCUGCUCCAGCUUAAAAGUGGACCUCCACUUGUGCAAGGACUAACUACUUGGAUACAGAAGAUGAAAUUUCGGCAGCGUCCCGAUGUCUCCCCGUUUAGGAGAAAAACCAAGAGGCAAUCUUCACCUCCACGUUACACGAGCGCUUCAGGUAGAUGUCGGUUGACAUUGGGCGUAAGAUAUGAGCAGGUGGUUCUUUGGGAGGGCGGUAAUGUUAUGCCUUUGCUGGCUGAACUGGCACAGCAGGUUUAG